UCGCCUCGCCAGGCCAGGUGCCUUGACAUUGAGAAACACCCACUGACUAGUGUCAGUGACUUUACAGCAAUCCUUAUGUAACCCAGGUUAUCUUCCAGAGUUAUUGAGCCUAAAUUCCUUAAAAAAAAUUCUCCAUGUUUAGGAACCGUUUUCGGUAGAAUAAAAAAUUACGAGGGUUACUUGAACGCAGCAUGGAGCGUUUUGAACAGGUGAGCAGAGGCUCAGCUAACUGCCUUCAGCGGAGUAAUAGAUGACUGGAAACUUCUAGGAAUGUAAGGUUGAUCACUUGAGAAGGGUUUAAGAUUAUUUGUGAGAAGUUUUUAUUGAAACAAAAGUGUUUUAUGAUUAUAGAGUGUGUCCGCUACUGGAGGAGGAGCCGUUAGAAGUAGACCUCGAUUUGUUUUUUGAGGAAACCCUUUGGUGAGUUAAUCUAAUGUUUCAUGGACUGGAUGUAAAUGUAGAUGUGAAACAAAGUAGGAAAAAACGUUGAUGUAAGCUAUGCUAAGCUGUGUUCUGUGAAAUAUAUGUAUGUUUUUGAGCGUUCGUGACGGUCUCAUGUAGCCGCAUUUUUAAGCCACCCGGCUAGCUGUUAGCUCAGUUUCUGUGAGUAGAUGUGUUAAACUGUUGAGAAAAUGAAUUGUACACAAAUUUCCUGUGAAGAUAGGGUGAUUUGUUUUGCUUUUAUAUUUAUUUUGUUAAUGAAAUCUACUUUUCCAAGUACAGUUAUUUUGUGAGCUUGGAAGAUAAUAGAAAAAAGAGGGUGACAUUAUUAUAAUUUAGUUGCAUAUGUUUUAUGCAGGCUUGUUGAUUGAGGUUGAAAUCACCUUUUCCUGCCUGGAAAGCCAACACAUUUAAGGACUCAGAUGCACUGCUUUGGUCCACUGGAGGGGUAUUCAUACUCAUGGGUGCCACAUCCAUGGCAGGAAGUCUUCAUCAUAUCCUGUUUCGUCAAAGAUGUGCAUUCAUGUUUCAUCUCCACCAUAACCUAGAAGAUUUCUGCCAUGUUGUGGGGUUGCUAAUGCUAACAGUUACUAGCCAAGAUGCGCUCUGCUCUCUCCUGGACAGCAAAUCAUCAACAGCCUUCCCCGUCGCGAGCCAAGAUGGCAAACCGGAGCGCCCUCCUCUUCCCCCUCCUCUUCCUCUUCUUGCAUCGUUCAGCCUGCCUGCUCUGGUCCACUUUUCUCUUCACACCGCUCCCUCUCUCUGCUGUCCCUUAUCUCUCUCUCACCCUUUCCAUUUCUUCCUCUCCGUCCUUCACCUCACUUCUCCAGCUGCCAGAAGCUCGCGGGCUCGUUGCUCUUCCUCCAACCACUGACGAGUCAGAGGAGCUCCAGACAGAAGUCUGUUUCUCUCCAUCAGGCAAAAUGGCAAUGAGCAGCAUCCUCAACGCUGACGACAUCAAGAAGGCUCUCGAUGCAUUUGCAGCCGCCGAGUCUUUUGACCACAAGAAGUUUUUCGACAUGCUGGGUCUGAAGUCCAAGUCCUCUGAUGAUGUGAAGAAAGUCUUCACAGCGUUGGAUGCAGAUAACAGCGGCUUCAUAGAGGAAGAGGAGCUCAAAUUUGUCCUGAAGAGUUUUUCCAAAAACGCCAGGGACCUGACGGACAAAGAGACCAAAGCCUUUAUAAAAGCAGCCGACAUGGACGGAGACGGCAAGAUUGGCAUUGAAGAAUUUUCUGCCCUUGUGAAAGAAUAACCAGCCACCCCUCACAAUGAAAGACCACCUCCCACCUACCGGCACAUCCUGGCCACCUCCCCGUCCCUCCCCCUGCUCCCCCUGCUCCCCACCCGCCAGUCCGGCCAAAUCCCUUCCCCUUGUCUCCUCUCUCUCCUCCACACAAGCUGCAGUGACCCUAUUUAUUUCAUCCUUUUUAUACAAACUGCUCUUUUUGGGUUUAUGUAUAGAGAUAAAGCAAACCUGUAGGAAUAAAACACAUUUAAAGGAAAACGUAGCAUUUCCUGCUCUUUUUCUCAUUUUUUCCUCCUAAUUCUUCACCUUUCUGCUUUUUUCCUCCUUUUAUCUCCAGUUCAUCACCUCUGGCUCAGUCCCCUCCCUGCACUGACUCUCCCAUUUCUCCUCCCAUCACCUCACCCUUCCCUCCAUCCAUCACUCUGUGCUCAGACGAUGAGAUGCUGUAAAGAAAAAGUGUCAAGCUGUAAAAGGAUGAAAUAAAAUGAAAAAGUAAAAAGCACA